AGAGAAAAAGAGAAAGAGAGCGCGAGAGCGCGAACGAGCGAGCGAGCAUCCGGGGAUUUCAGUUGACUCCGCCCACAUUCUGCUCACCCUCAGCAGCAGCGCUGUAAAUAUGGCGGAGCCCUCCUUGGGGAGUUCAAGCCCAGAGAUGCUGUUGCCUGAUUAUGAUGAUGAUCAAACCCCUGAAGAUGAGGAGGUUCCAGAGGGAGAAUCUAAUUUUGGCAAUGAGAUUGAAGAACUUGCAAAGGAGAAAGAAAUGCCCAUUCAGGAGCUCUUGAGCCUAUAUGGUUAUGGAGGCAGUGGAUCACCUGAGGAAGAGGAGGAGGAUGAAGAGGAUGUGGAUGGAGAGGAGGAGGAGGAGGAGGAGGAGGAGGAGGAGGAGGAGGAUGACGACGACGAAGGAGAGGAUAUGGAUAAUGAUGAAAGCAGCAGAAGCACUGCAGAACUGAAGAAGAACAAGGAGGAUGAAGCAAAGGUAUCCACAGGAAUGGUAAAUGAGAGCUACUCCACUGGCAGUCGACAGUGCAGUGCAGUGACAGCCUGUAACACAACUGAACACAUGCAUUCACAGAACCAUGGCUACUUUCAGAAUGAUGAAGUAGAUGAAGAGUCAGAGGAGGAUGAUGACUAUAUUCCCUCUGAAGACUGGAAAAAAGAAAUCAUGGUUGGCUCCAUGUAUCAGGCUGAAACACCGUCAGGACUGUGCAAAUACAAAAACAAUGAGAAAGUGUAUGAAAAUGAUGACCAGCUGCUGUGGAAUCCUGAAAUCCUUACUGAAAACACUGUGGUUGAGUUUUUGACAGAAGCAUGUAGACGGACAGGAGAGGAGACUGGAGUAGAUGCUAUUCCAGAAGGAUCCCACAUCAAAGACAAUGAACAGGCAUUAUAUGAGUUGGUGAAGUGUAAUUUUGAUACUGCUGAAGCGUUGCGGAGAUUGAGAUUUAACGUUAAAGCAGCCCGAGAGGAACUAACUGUCUGGACAGAAGAAGAAUGUAGGAAUUUUGAACAAGGUUUAAAGGCUUACGGGAAAGAUUUUCAUUUUAUCCAGGCCAACAAGGUCAGAACAAGGUCAGUCGGAGAUUGUGUGGCUUUUUAUUACAUGUGGAAAAAGUCGGAGCGGUAUGAUUUCUUUGCGCAACAAACUAGGAUUGGAAAAAGGAAAUACAACCUUCACCCAGGAGUAACGGAUUACAUGGACAGACUUCUAGAUGAGACAGAAAGCACUACUUCCAGUAGAGCAGCCACACCCCUUCCUGCCUCCUCUUGCUGCAGCACCAGCCAGCCAGAGAGAGAAGAGACAUGCAGUCUCAAUGGACUCACCAGUCACAGUUCCAGUGCAGAUGCCACACAGACAUUGAGCAAUGUGAACGAGGUGAAGAGUGAACCCCACCAGGCAAAUGGAGCAUCUAAACACAGUCUACUCACAGAUCAUCUGGACUCCAAUGGCUGUACAGUUACACAAACCCACAAUACAGACAGAAUGGACUCAUUGAAACACCAACAGGACUGCCAGGGUCUCGACAGGCCAACAAAAAAGUGCCGGACAGAAACAGACUCACUGGCCCAGGUUGAGAUAGACCCUUUUAAAGUAAAAGAAGACUAAAAAAAUACCAAAAGUCAUGCCAAAAUCAGAAACCGGGAUGAUGGAACAGCGCUGUGACACCUCUCACCUCAUCCACCCUAAAUCCAAAGCUAAGCUGCUCCAAAAAACCACCCUUCAAACCUACAGCUGAUAAAUGCGCCUUUUUCAUGAAACCAUUUUACAGAGAAAUGUAUAUUCUAUAUGUAAUGGAAUUUGUCAUAUUUUUUUACCAAGAAGAUAUUUAUAUUUUUUAUUGAGACAUUUUGACAUUAGGUGAAAAUGCUGUUUAAGACAUUAUGCUUAAUACACAUAGAUAAAUGUUUGUUGGUUAGCAUCAAGUUGUGCUUUGAUUUAUAUUAUACCUUAAUGGUUCAGUGCUCAGCUUGUUUGUGUUGGAGGCAAACUACAAGCUCCUGACAGAUGUAGUUAAAAUAAAUAAGCCAUUGGAAUCACCCCUCCAAAUCUUUGUUUUUAUAAAGUGUCCAGGAAAUUGGUUUGCUAGCUGUAUGUUUAACUGAGUAAAUCUCAUAGCAGAAAUGUCCAGGUUAUAUGGCGAAUUAUUAUUAUUAUUUUUUUUUUUUUAAGGGAAAAGUGUAAGGAAAAUGAAGCCUAUUUUUGGGAGCUUUUUAGUAUUCUGCAAGGCAUCUUAUAUUUUAAUGAUUUUUUUUGUUAUUCUCAGGAUUCUCAUUUAGUUCUAGAUUACUUUCAGCAAUGCACAAUAUCAGAUUUUUACCGAUAACUAAAUUGCUAAUAUUUUAAAAAUAAUUUUGGGGUAUAGCUGAUGUCAAUACUGAUAUUUCCCAGUAUUUCCCUUUUGAACUGUUAAAACAAAUAAACACUGUUGAAAUUGUUUUGUUUUUUAUAUUAUUAUUUUUUUAUUUUAUUUUCCACAUCAAGCCUUGAAGAUUUUUAUUAUAAACCGUGAACACAGUGGUUUAGGUAUUUUUUAAUUUAUCAUUGUUUUUUUUUUUAUUUAUUUAUUUUUUAAAUUGCCCUUGCCAAUGUUUACAUUUUAAGCCCUAAUAACAUUCCGAUAAUUUUGCUCAUCUCUAAUUACUUUUAGCCAGUACUGGCAGAAUGGUUGAUUUAAAGGGUUCAUAUAAUGCUAUUUUUAAAAAUCAUUAUUUAUGUAUUUGCUGUAACAGAAUAUUUUGACAUUCUUUGAUGGUCAAAAAUCAAGCACAGUCUGCUCUGAUUGGCCAGCUGGCCCCUACGCAUUGUCAUUGGUAGAACGCCACUAGCGCAUCAUAUCUUCAAGUAUACAAAGUAUGCCAAAAGUAUUGCAGUCACAGAUAAAAAAAAUAAAAAUAAGCAUGAAAACAAAAUUUAUAAAAGUUAAAAUAUACUGCACAAGAUUUAAACAAGAUUUAAAAUUGCAAAAGAUUUAAAAUUGAAAGCAAAGUUUUAGG